UCCCAUCACCACCCGUUACCCCCACAGCCGCCUGCCUCCCUUCACCUUGGGUGUGAGAAACCAGCCACAACAAAAAGGUUCGUCUCUCGCCCGGCGAAGCUCCCCCGUUUGCGCCGGUUGAUCAAACUGUCAGCUCCGGAGCCUCGGAUAUAUUGGCUCGAUCCCGAAAAGCCCCCCGCCCCCGCCCCCGCUGCUUAAUUCGCCCCCGAAAGCAAAAAAAUACAAAAGAUUGCGGAUGCUGGGAAUCCGAAAGAAAGCAGAAGGAGAACGGGAAAUGAUCUGCCCAAUUUGUGGGAGCGAUGCCCUGUAAAACACCCCCACCAUCCCUGAUACCCCGCCCCAGCCCGUGACCGUCUGAUACCCUCUGUCACUCCCGCUCCCUCCCUAUCCCCAAUUGUUGCAACAUUGGGGACGGUCACCUUGAAAUAUUUGGAUCAUUCCUCAGAUUCGAUGCGAAUCUCCUCGUGUGCAGUUUAAACCUGGAGGACACCCCGCCUUUACCAAGGGCACAUUGCUCACGGUGACUGGGCAGCCAGGGAGGGAGAUAUUGGGAGUACUCAGUAGUCACUGGAACAUCAUCCAGUCGGUUCAGGUAACCGUGUACCCGGUGAAAGACUCCCCGCGCCGGGGCGACGCUUCAUCGGCUCCUCAGCCAAGCUCACACUGAACAAGUGGGGGCGAUGAUGAAGACUUUCCACUCCAGCCCUGCCAUGCUGAACGUUCCAGCCAAGAACUCCUACCGGAUGGUGAUCCUGGGAGCCUCCCGGGUGGGAAAGUCCUGCAUUGUUUCCCGCUUUCUAAACAGCAGGUUUGAGGAGCAGUACACUCCCACCAUUGAGGAUUUCCAUCGGAAAGUCUACAACAUCCAUGGGGACAUCUACCAGCUCGACAUCCUUGACACCUCGGGGAAUCAUCCCUUCCCUGCCAUGAGAAGACUCUCCAUCCUCACAGGUGAUGUUUUUAUCCUGGUCUUCAGCCUGGAUAGCCGGGGUUCUUUUGAGGAGGUCCAACGCCUGCGCAGGCAAAUCAUCGAGUGCAAAAUGUGCCUGAAGGACAAGACCAAGGAGGCGACAGAAAUCCCAAUCGCCCUGUGCGGCAACAAGGCUGACAGGGUGGAGCUGCACCGGGAGGUCCAGACCGAGGAGGCCGAGAGGCUGAUUGCCGACGACGCCAACAGCGCCUACUUUGAAAUUUCCGCCAAGAAGAACGCCAACGUGGAGGAGAUGUUCCGGGCCCUGUUCAGCAUGGCCAAGCUGCCGCACGAAAUGAGCCCCGCCCUCCACCGCAGGAUCUCCGUGCAGUAUUCCGAGGCCCUUCACCGCAAGUCCUUCCGGCUCAGGCGCGCCAAGGAGGUGGGCGCGUUCGGCAUGGUGUCCCCCCUGGCUCGCAGGCCCAGCGUCAACAGCGACCUGAUGUACAUCAAGGAGAAGGUGCUGGGCCGGGGGCAGACCCGCGAGCGGGAGAAAUGUCUCAUCCAAUGACGGCGAUCGGAGGCUCCGGAU